AAAUGAUAUGUUAUUGUGCUUCAUAUGCUGUAAAUAAUUCCAUUUAGAUGACGAAUUGGUGAUAUCGGUGAAAAACAAUUGCCUAAGAUAAAUUGUAAUUUAAAAAAUAAUAGGGUAAACAAAACAAAGCUUUACGACAUAGCAACAAUUUCUUCCAUAGUGUUUUAAAGAUGAGUGAAUCAGCUGAUCAAAAUGAGCCAACAAAGGAUCCGAAAGAAGUAGAAAAAUUGGAGGAAGCUAAGCUAAAAGCAAAGUUUCCAAAUGCUAUAUUAGGUAAAGGGCCUGGAGGACAUUCGGCUUUUCUUCAGAAGAGAUUAGCUAAAGGACAAAAAUUCUUUGAUUCCGGUGAUUACCAAAUGGCAAAACAGAGGCCAAGUAAUCUAGCAGGUCCAUUCAAAGCACCAGCUGUACCUGCCAAGUUGCCAACAGGAGAUGCCAUCCCAACACCUGAAACCGUCCCACUCCGAAAGACCUCCAUCAUACAGCCCAAGUACCAGGCUCCGAGCCAGACCUCCUAGCCUCGCCGAAUGGAGGCAGCCAGCCAUUAAUUUUAAUUCCUAUUUUCAUUUUGCUAAUUCAUAUCACUAUGCAAUUGCUUUUAAUUUGUAAUCUAAGUUAAAACCCUAUGCGGGUAGACAUCUUAUUUCUUUUUGCAACUUGAUGUUUUCAUUGUGAUUUGAAAAUAACUAGUAUGUAUGUUAAAACUAUAAUUUUUAUAAAAACAACUGUUAUAUUUAUACAAUUUAGGUAUUAAUGUUAUGUCAAGAAUGUAUGUAUUUUAUUUUGGUAAAUGUUGGCUGUAGCCGAUGUUUCAAGAAUUGCUAUCACUCAUACAAAUUAAGUAUAGAAACAAGUUAACCUUUAACCCUGUUGGUCAGUAAUUUACUCUACACAUUUAAAUAGAAAUUUUGUUGGGAAAAAAACACGAGAUUGACAAGUAUCAAUGUGUGUAUGUUACAAAAUUUUUUAUAGGUUAUUUUAAGAAGGAAAAUAUAAGUGUUGUAGAAUUUGCAAAAAUAAUCA